AUGGCUGAAUAUCUUGCUAGUAUUUACGGAACAGAAAAGGACAAAGUCAAUUGUUCUUUUUACUUCAAGAUUGGAGCAUGUCGUCACGGCGAUCGUUGUUCUAGAAAACACGUAAAGCCAACAUUCUCCCAGACGAUUCUCAUUGCAAACAUGUACCGUAAUCCAGCACACGAUCCCUCAUGUAACAUGACAGAGGAACAGUUGCAAGAAGAUUUUGAUCUCUUUUACGAAGACGUCUUUACCGAACUUGCCAAGUUUGGUGAAGUAGAGGAAAUGUGUGUCUGUGACAAUGUCGGUGAUCAUUUGGUAGGCAAUGUAUAUUGCCAAUAUCGGUAUGAAGAGGAUGCCGGCAAUGCUGUUGAAAGUUUGAACAAUCGAUUCUAUGCUGGACGUCCACUUUAUGCUGAAUUGUCGCCAGUGACAGAUUUUAGAGAAGCAUGCUGUAGACAGCAUGAAAUUGCAGAGUGCAACCGUGGUGGAUUUUGUAACUUUAUGCAUCUCAAGCACCCUAACCGAGCACUUCGAAGAGAGCUAGAAGAGGCACAGAGAUUGACGGUCCGAGAGAAGAGAAAGGAAACUCGAAAC